AUGGCGACGGCGCAGCAGCAGCAACACUCGCAUCCCGCCGCCGCAAAGACCCAGGUACAACCAUGCAGAUAUAAGACAGGAAAAACCUUGGGUGCUGGAUCUUAUUCAGUGGUAAAAGAAUGUGUGCAUAUCGACACAGGGAGGUAUUACGCCGCCAAGAUUAUCAACAAGAGAUUAAUGGCAGGGAGAGAGCAUAUGGUUCGAAAUGAGAUUGCGGUAUUGAAAAGGGUGUCAAUGGGUCACCAAAACAUCCUAACCCUCGUAGACUAUUUCGAAACGAUGAAUAACCUCUACCUUGUCACGGAUCUCGCACUUGGUGGCGAGCUCUUCGAUCGCAUUUGUCGAAAAGGGCAUUACUACGAAAGUGACGCAGUCGAUCUGAUUCGGGCGACAUUGUCCGCAGUCGCAUAUCUCCAUGAUCAUGGCAUUGUACACCGCGACUUGAAACCCGAAAACUUACUUUUCCGGACACCAGAGGAUAAUGCCGAUCUCUUGAUUGCGGAUUUCGGCUUGUCACGUAUCAUGGACGAGGAGCAGUUUCACGUCCUCACAACAACGUGCGGGACACCGGGUUAUAUGGCUCCGGAAAUCUUUAAAAAGUCUGGUCAUGGAAAGCCUGUCGACAUAUGGGCAAUAGGCGUCAUAACAUAUUUUCUGCUUUGCGGCUACACUCCUUUUGACCGAGACUCCAACCUAGAGGAAAUGCAGGCUAUCCUUGCUGCAGACUACUCUUUUACCCCCAUCGAAUAUUGGCGCGGCGUAACUCUGCAUGCCCGAGACUUUAUCAAACGUUGCCUGACAAUCGACCCGACAAAACGAAUGACUGCACACGAAGCUCUACAGCAUCCUUUUAUAUCCGAAGAGUACGGUGCCAACGAGGCAGACCUGCUCCCCAUUAUCAAGAAGAACUUCAACGCACGACGAACACUGCAUGCAGCCAUCGACACCAUUCGCGCCAUCAACCAGCUGCGAGCCGGGGGAGGCGCGAUGAUGGACGGCGCCAUGAGCGCGGACCCACAAAAGCAUGGAGGAGAAAAUAAAGCAGCCAACACAAGUCCUACUUCCAACGCCCCUGCUGCUACUGAUGGUAGCGGCGGCACCGACGACGGCGCAGACAAGAUGGAAAUCGACAGUCAUGGCGACGCCCGAGGCCAGACGGAGCAGCAAAUCAAAGACCAGGAACGCAAGAUUCAAGAAACAGCCAGAGGUCUCUGGAAUGCUGCGCAUAAAUGA